GCUUGCUAGAAAUUAAACUGGAAAGAAGAAAUUAAAGAAGUAAUAAUAUUAUUGAAACAGGCCGGCCUUGCCAGGAGAGUAGAAAAUGUCGGCGGCGGCACCGUUAGACCCCCACGACAAGAUGAGAGGUAGGGACGUUAACAAGGUUGCUAGAGGUGAGCAAGCCCCUCGCCCCGUCCACCAACCCGGCACCGUCUCAGCUCCUCCUCCUCCUUCUUCUACAGACUCUAAGCUGGAUGCUGGGAAGAAAGCAUCGGCAAAUGCAAUUGGUGAGAGGAUACGCCAUUGUUACAUUCAAUUUCUCGAGUACAAAAGGUGCAUUCAAGAGAAGGGCAAGGAUGAUAAUGAGUGUGAGAAGAUUGCAAAAGAGUAUACAUCUUCUUGUCCUUCCCAAUGGAUUGAGAAGUGGCACGAAGACAGAGAGCAGCAUGGGAGGUGAUCUGCAUGGUGUUUCAGAUAACCAAGCUACUGAACAAAUAAUUCUAGGAUUUACUGAAGAACUUAGGCUCUAUUUGGCAAACUUAGCUAAAAAGCUAUAAGCUAAAAACUGAAAGCUGAAAAGCUAUAAGUUUGGAGUUAAAAACUGAAGAGCUGUUAAACUAGUUGUUAUAAUUGAAAGUGUUUAGUAAAA